AUGGACAAUUAUGAAGACAGUGACCCCUGGAAUGCCAGUUCUAAUGCGUGGACUAAGGAUGAUGAUCCCGUUGUUUCGACCACCAAUAGUGAACCUAGUCUCAACGGGAUCACCAGUGAGUUCAAUGCUUUGAAUUUUUCAACACCUCUGGACACAAACGAGGAGGAUACUGGCUUUUUACCGGCCAAUGAUGUGCUUGAAGAAAGUAUUUGGGAUGAUAAUAGAAACCGUCUUAGUGGAAGUGGCACGCAGCGAACUUCCAAUAUAACGACCAAUGAAACCGUUGCAGGCAAGAAUGAUGCUAAAAGUCGGAACACAGGAGAAACUGAAGCCGACAUAUUUGAUUGGACCAAUAAUAUUAGAAAAACAUAUAGACCUCUAGAUGCCGACAUUAUCAUCAUUGAAGAGAUACCUGAAAGAGAGGGUUUACUUUUUAAGCACGCGAACUAUUUGGUGAAACAUCUUAUUGCUCUACCAAGUACUUCUCCUUCUGAAGAACGUACUGUCGUAAGAAGAUAUUCUGAUUUCUUAUGGUUAAGAGAAAUUCUGUUGAAAAGGUAUCCUUUUAGAAUGAUCCCUGAGCUACCUCCCAAAAGAAUUGGAUCCCAAAACGCAGAUCAGCUUUUUUUGAAGAAAAGAAGAAUAGGGUUAUCCAGAUUUAUCAAUUUGGUAAUGAAACACCCUAAAUUAAGUGAUGAUGAUUUAGUGUUAACAUUUUUAACCGUACGCACUGACCUAACAAGUUGGAGAAAGCAAGCAACCUAUGACACUUCAAACGAGUUUACUGAUAAAAAGAUAUCACAAGAAUUUAUGACAAUGUGGAAAAAAGAGUUUGCGGAACAAUGGAACCAGGCCGCAUCUUGCAUUGACACAUCGAUGGAGCUAUGGUACAGAAUCACGCUUCUUUUAGAAAGACAUGAAAAAAGAAUUAUGCAAAUGGUCCACGAAAGAAAUUUUUUUGAAACGCUAGUGGAUAACUUCAGUGAAGUAACCCCAAAACUAUAUCCGGUACAACAAAGUGAUACCAUAUUGGACAUUAAUAACAACUUCAGUAUAAUCAAAAAACACCUAGAAACUACGAGUAGCAUCUGCAAACAAGAAACAGAAGAAAUAUCGGGAGCGCUAUCUCCUAAAUUCAAAAUUUUCACGGAUAUCCUGCUGUCUUUGAGAGGUUUAUUUGAAAGAUACAAAAUUAUGGCUGCAAAUAACGUAGUUCAAUUACAAAGACAUGUCGAAUUGAAUAAAGAGAAAUUGGAAUCAAUGAAAGGGAAGCCAGACGUCAGUGGAGCAGAGUACGACAGGAUAAAAAAAAUCAUACAGAAGGAUAGAAGAAGCAUAAUAGAGCAAUCAAAUAGGGCUUGGUUAAUCAGACAGUGUAUUUUGGAGGAAUUUACGAUCUUUCAAGAAACCCAAUUUUUAAUAACACGUGCCUUUCAGGAUUGGGCGAAAUUGAACUCUAAUUAUGCUGGCCUCAAACUGAAUGAGUGGGAAAAGCUGAUUACAAGCAUUAUGGAUAUGCCGAUUUCUCGCGAGUAA